CCCCCUCCCCAUACACACACCCUGUCCUCUUCCUCCCUCUGCAAACCUAGUUACGUUUAGCUCGCAGAGCCUAGGCUGCGACUUGCAAGUUUAGGAAGCAGCGCUCAGAGUGGUCCUGGGGUGCCCACGGCCGACAGCCACCCCGCGCCUAGGACCUCCGGGCUGGGAGACAGCUGGGGUUCUAGGGAAGCACUUCCACCUCCCUCCGCUCCUCAGCAUGGCAGGGUGGUUUUCCAACCCCCUCAAGACGUUCGUGGAUAGAUAAGAGGAGCUGACCUUAACCUCCCCCUCUGACCACCUUCUCUUCAGUCAUGGAGAAAGCCUUGUUGCCCCUAACUGUGACAUCUGACCCAAGGCCCUUUAAUCAACAACUCCCAGAGCCUCCAGAUCCAAAAUGCAUCUUGGAACCCCAGGACAACUUUGAACUGGCACCUGCCCUAGCGUGUGCCCUUUGCUGCUGCUUUGGAAUCAUCUACUGCUGCUUCGGCUACCGCUGCUUCAAGGCAGUGAUGUUUCUCUCGGGCCUGCUGUCAGGAGCACUGGUCAUCUUUCUGCUUUGCCACAAGGAGCGGGUGCUGGAGACACAGUUGAGUCUGGAGGUGAGCGCAGGCAUCGCACUGGGUAUUGGACUCCUCUGCGGCCUCGUCACCAUGCUUGUUCGCAGUGUUGGGCUCUUCCUGACUGGACUCUUGCUAGGUCUGACCCUGGGUGCCGGGACCUUGCUGGGCACUGAGCCUGUCUACCAACCACCUUCCGCCUGGGUGCCAGCUGGUGGGCUGAUGGGGCUGGCACUGCUGGGAGCCCUGCUCACACUUCGGUGGCCGCGUCCAUUUACAGUCUUGGGCACAGCCCUGUUGGGUGCUGCAGUGCUGGUGGCCUGUGCGGACUACUUCCUGGAGGGUCUGGCACUGGGCACUCGGCUAGGUGAACGCCUGCAAGCACUUCCAGCCUUGCUUCCUCUUUGCUGGUAUAGCUGGGUCUUACUGGGGACCUGGCCAGCUCUGGGGGCGCUUGGGGCCCUGACCCAGUGGAAGCUCACAGCUGAGGAACAUGGAGGCCACGCCAAUGUGGUCUUGAGCCACCAGCGAAGGCAUCUCCAACUCCUGCGGAUUCAUCAGCAAGAGGCCAAGUGGCAUCGGACCCCCUCUGGAGUGGCACUUUGUGAGGGCAGCUAUCGGAGCCAACUCCCCCUCAAUCUCAGGAGCCCUGCUGACAAUCUGGCUCCAAGUUACCUCCAGAGUCUUCGAGAGCACCAACUGGGACCAAGCACCCAGGCCACAGCCCCCCCCACCAUCCUGGAUCUGGAUUCUGACUGUGGUUCUACUGUCCUGCUCACCAGGCCCUCUCACUCCACCCAGACCUGAGCCGAAACCUCCACUGAUGACCCUCUCCCUAAUGAAGAUAGAAGAAUGCUAAAUAGGCAGGACUUGAGCCCACAGGACCCACACACAAACUUCCUCACCUCUUGAAUUUGGAGAUAGGAUCUAUGCCCAGACCAAUUUGUAAGGGACAGGCAGAGAAGAAUUUUAUAGGGAAGGGAGGGGACCAGAAGUAAGUAUGAGCACCUAUCUCUGUCCAAUAAUAGAGGCUCCCUGGUGGGUUUUUUGUUUGUUUGUUUUGUCCCCCACACCCCAGGUAGGGUCUCACUCUAGCUCAGGCUGAUCUGGAAUUCACUGUGUAGUCUCAGAGUGGCCUUGAACUCACCGUGGUCCUCCUACCUCUGCCUCCUGAGUUCUGGGAUUAAAGGCAUGUGCCACCACACCACGCUGAGGUUCCCUAGUUUUUAUGGGGGCGCACUGACUCCCUGAUUUCCUCUGGGAAGAAUUCGUACCCAAAAAUAGCUCCCCUCCCCCAGGGUAGGGCCUUGCUCUAGCCCAGGCUGACCUGGGAUUCACUGUGUAGUCUCAAAGCUGGCCUCAAACUCAUGGCAAUCCUCCUACCUCUGCCUCCCAAGUACUGGGAUUAAAGGCAUGCACCACCACGCCUGACUUCCAAAAUAGCUUUCCCCCCUUUACAAUGCUGGAAUCAAACCUAGGGUCUUUCCCAUACUAGACAAAUAGUCUACUACUGAGUUACAUCCCUUAGCCCUCAAGUAGCCUUUUAAAUUCUUAUCUCACUGGUAAAAUACAUGCUUCACAAUGGUAAAAUUGAGGGGGGUGUUAUAGGACCUAUAGAAAGUCAGGGAGCCUCCCUAAGGCAUCUGAUAUGUUUUCAAUGGGGAGAAUGGCACAGAAGAACUCCAGGAUCCCCCAGGGCCCCACCCCUUGUUAGGGGGUAAUUAAGUUUCUGGCUGACUAUUCCCCUUGGCCCCCUAGGCUUGAGCCCCCUUCUACCUCAGUGGGGAGUACUAUCCUCCGUGGUAUGUCCCUUUAUCUCCUCAUUGGGGAAAGACUACAGCACCUGCCUCAGCUCCCAAAACCCCAAAGCUGGCAUCUUGCUCCAGGAAGACAGCAUUGGUCCAGAUUCUUUGCCCUUUUGCCCAGGAGCCUGGUCCUCAGGACUGCCUGGGAGACAAGUGCUUUCUCUGCCUCACACUGUGGAUAAUACUAGUUUCCUUCUUAACCAGGAUUUAGGUCAAGCCACUAACCCAUUCUAACACUCUCCACCCUGACUCUCCAGCCCAAGGUGUGUUCCCUGGUUUCUCAAACAGCUUAAAGGAAGACAUCUCCCUGUCCUGGGCAGUAAGGCUGUGAAAGGAGGGAGGAACAUGGGAACAUGGGAAUAAAAAGAAAUUCAACCAGGGAGUCUGGCCUCUACCAUUGCUGCUUACUUUCUCCACACCACAAAACAAAGAGAUAGGGCUGGAGAG